CUCUUCACGCUCCGCUCCCGCCGCCUCGGCGGCCCCCACAGCGGCGACGUCAGCUUCCCCGGCGGGCGGCGGGACCCGGCGGACGCGGACGCGGUGGCCACGGCGUUGCGGGAGACGCAGGAGGAGCUGGGGGUGGCGGUGGCAGCAGCCAGCGUGUGGGGACAGCUGCGGACCCUGCCCGAUCGGCAAGGAAUGACCGUGGCACCCGUCGUGGCCAACCUGGGGCCGCUGGAGGCCUUGACACUGACCCCCAACCCCGACGAGGUGGAGGAGGUGUUCACCCUGCCCCUGGCUCACCUGCUGCGGGAGGAGAACCAGGGCUACACCCACUUCCGCACGGCCACCGGCUACGGGUACACCCUGCCCGUGUUCCUGAACGGCCCCCACAGGGUGUGGGGGCUCACGGCCAUCAUCACCGAGCUCACCCUGGAGCUGCUGCUGCCCGGCCACUACCGCAGGAAGACCCAUGUGCCACCCCGGAAACCCGUGGCCUGAGGGAGGAGGGGACAGGGGGUGGCUCUGGGGCACUGAAGCCACUGGUGAUGUCGCACACUGUGAUUCAGUAAAAGCCAUGUUUGGAACUGC